ACCACUUCAUCUAAAAGACGCUCUUUAACGGUUUUGGCUUGAGCUGCGCUUGGUUGUAAUGUUUACUUCUUUGCUAUAGAAGCGUGUGUGUGUGUGCGUGAGAGAGAGAGAAAGAGAGAGUGUGUGUGUGUAUGUGUGAGAGAAAGAAAGAGUAUGUGUAUAUGGGGUUCAUGUGGUGUCUGAAUGUGUUCUUUUGUGAGCUUGGUUUAGAACUGUACAGGUGAGAGACACUGAAGAGGAAGAAAAAGAAGCAGCCGCUCGUUUUGAGGAAGAGAGGAGAGAAGGCAUCCAGCGUUCAUGAUGGCGAUGUUCCGCAGUUUAGUUUCAGCUGCCCAGCUCAGACAGCCUCAUCCCCAGCCCCAGCUGCAGCAUGGAGAGAGCCUGGAGAGCCAGUUUUCCUGCCCCAUCUGUCUGGAGGUCUAUCACAAACCGGUCAGCAUCGCCAGCUGUGCUCAUACGUUCUGUGGAGACUGCCUUCAGCCAUGUCUUCAGGUGACGUCUCCUCUCUGUCCCCUGUGCCGCAUGCCUUUCGACCCCAAGAAAGUGGACAAAUCUUCCAGUGUGGAAAAACAGCUCUCUUCUUAUAAAGCACCAUGCCGAGGGUGCAGCAAAAAAAUCUCGCUGAUCAAAAUGAGGUCACACAUCACCUCUUGCACAAAGGUGCAGGAACAGAUGGCCAACUGCCCAAAGUUCAUGCCUGUGGUUCCCACAUCACAGCCCAUUCCCAGCAAUAUUCCAAACCGAUCAACAUUUGUGUGCCCGUAUUGUGGAGCGCGAAACCUGGACCAACAAGAGCUGGUGAAGCACUGCAUGGAAAACCACCGCAAUGACCCCAACAAAGUGGUGUGUCCCGUGUGUUCAGCCAUGCCCUGGGGUGACCCCAGCUACAAGAGCUCCAACUUCCUGCAGCACCUCCUGCACCGGCACAAGUUUUCCUACGACACAUUUGUGGACUACAGCAUUGAUGAGGAGGCCGCACUGCAGGCAGCACUGGCCCUCUCUCUGUCUGAGAACUGAGUCCACCAAUCGCCACCUACUGUCCAACCACAUAACCAAUCACCAUCAAUUACCCAGACCUGUUUAACCAAUCAGCUGUCUCUCUGCCUCCUUCAAGCUACAUUUUUACCCUGUAGCUCUUUUUUCCUUCGUUUCUUUCUCACUACACACUCCACCCUGUCACUGCACGACUGAUUCUGUACCUGGCGUCACAGUCACAUGAUGCUGAUCACAUGACCUCCACGAUUUUUUUUACCCAGAAUUCUUCACCGAUGGAGGCGGAGCAAGCAGUCAUUCGUAACUUUCGCAAUCAGCGUUACAUGGUGUUUCUCAUGUCUUUGAUCGUACAAGCUUCAAUUGAUGUUUAAGGGGGAAGAACACUCGCCACAACUCACCUUUUCACCAACGCCAUCAGAUUUUUCCCUUCAGUUCUGUUUCCUCUCUUGUUUAAACACGGACAGAUGGCAGUGUAAGUAGGAAAAGCUCGUCGCACGUCUCGCAGUAGACUGGAUGAGAGCACGAUUCCAGUUUGGGAUCACCUGGCCAACACAGAAGUCCGACUAACUCAUUAUCGCCAUGGUGACCGUAAAAUGAUGGACACCUCAGUAAGAGAGUCUCCUGUUGGAUAAAUAUGAAUGAGAGCUAGAAAGAGAGUGCUUCAUCACAUCACUGUAAACAGAUGGAAGCUGAGAUGAAUGAUAAUAGUACCUUUCUUGUGGGAAUGACUCAGCUUUAGGCAAUACUCAAACAGCAGAAAGAGGAUCCAAUAUCAAGACUUGGCCAUCAUUAACAAUCCCCCUUUUUUCUUUCUUUUCUUUCUUUUUUUUUUUUUUAAAGUUUAGCUCGUCACUCACGGUUUUUUCUACAUGACUGAAUUCUAGUUCUAAUCUUCUUUUAUAGUUCUCCGACAGGAUGCUAGUACCGCUUUUAUCUUCACUCUGCUCUUUACUGAUUUACCUUGCAAAAAUAAUAUUUUUUACGAAGCAUCAGAUUAGAAGAAUAUCUAUUUUUGGAAAAACGAUUCCUUUAAAAUGGUGCACUAAUACUGAGAAAGUGAAACGCGGGGAGACGUGACGAAUUGUUCGAACCUUUUUAAAAAAAACAUAUAUAUAUAUAUAUAUAUAUAUAUAUAUAUAUAUAUAUAUAAAUGUAUGGUAUAUCAAAGGUGGAGAGUAGACCAGGAGGCCACGGAGGGGAUUACAGAUGCAAAGCUCUCCCACUAGGUGGCACUAAGUGUUCGCUCCGUGGGAAGGCUGGCAUGAUGUACUGUAGAAGUCGCCCAGGUUCAUGUUGUAUUUGCAUGAUGUGUGUAGUAGAUUUCAUGCCCAGUGUUAGUUAUAAGGAGAGAGUCAUUAUUGGAGACGGUUUAAAUGUAUAGCUGUCUAUAUAACUCUUAUAAUGAUGAAUAUUAUGUGGAAUUCGGUGGUGUAUGGUUGAGGACCUAAUCUGAAAAAGAAAAAAAUUCAGAUAAGACCACUGUCUCGUAUUAGGUUUGUGGUGAAAUUGUAAAAAACAGUUGAACUGAAAUGGGACAUGGGCAUUUUUUCCUUGAUUGACAGCAGGUUGUAAAACUAACAAGGGCACUGAAAGACGAUUAGAAAUCGUCCGUCCCUGGCUGUCGCUGUUUUUCAUCAACUCCGUUUGUCUUGUAUUUGUCAUAUAUUUAAUUAAGUUUUUGAUUAUUCAAAUAUUUUAUCCUGAGCGUUUAUCACAAUCAUUUUAUAUUGUUUCUAUUGUGUUUUCUAUCGAUGGAGUUACGUAAAUCAGUUCAUCCUGAACAUUCUGGCAGCCCGGCUGCAUGCAGAGAGAGAUGACUGAGGAAUUUGGACCCAAAACGAUGGCAGUGAUCAGGUGGAUAACGAUAAUCAGUUUCCUAUGUGAUUUCUUGUGAAUAGUUUCCAAUCAUUGAGUGCGUUAUCGUCACGUUAUUUUCUUUAAAGUGGACUCUUUAAAGCGCUUGAUUAGAUUGUUUCUUGUCAUGUCUCCUCGUUCUCCAUCUCGUGUGUCCAUAACUCCUAACAAUGUGUGCAAUAUGAAGUUGUGCAACAAACACAGCGAAGGAAUAAAGCCUUUGUCUGUGUGUCCUGGAGUCUUGGUUUAAAGCGUAAAUGUUUUAUUAAAGGUGGUUUAAUGAAAGUUGUACAUAAUGAAUAGUAAGGCUGAGUUAUUGUAACUCCUUAUUGUUGCCAGGUUUAAACCCUGAUGAAGGUGAGAUCAUUGUUACAGGAUGGGCAGGUUUAAAAGUUGCACUUUGGUUCUAAUCAGUAGGGAUUCUGUCCUAGUGUUUCACUUUGACUACGUCCUGUAAAGUAGGCAUGUGCCGAUUAAUAUCGGGGCGAGGACACUUUAAAUGAAUAUAAGAUAUUGUCACUGCUCAUGUAGUUUUAUAUAAAAAGGAAGGUCCUGAAGUAGGAAGCCUUUUUAAGGAGUAUUUGCAAUCUUGAGAUGACGUUUUUUUUAGUGGUUAAGAUGCUAAAGUGUUUAGACAGAGUAACAGUAAAAGGGUUUAAAACAAAGUAAGAAAUAGCAGUGACACCAUGUGUUGCAUCUGCAGAGUAUCUUAUUUCUGUAGAAUACCGUACAAGCUUCCAAAGUUUGAAAUAUUAAAGAAACUACAGUAGUCAAAAUAUUUACAAUGCUGCAAUAAAUAAAUCUGAUUAAGUCUGCAAAAAGUUGUAUAGGAAUAUUAAACAAUAAAUAUAAAAUAUCUACACCCCUCUGGUAUAAUUGCAGUUUUUUUUACUAUAAUAGGUACUAUAAUAUUAUAAAACUAUAAUAGUAUAAUACUUUAAUAUAUCAACCAGCUUGCAACUAUGCGCAUCCUUUUAAAAUGUGUACAUUAAAAAUCGGUAAAAUCGGUACUGUUCUCAGGAUUAAUUAACCACAUUCGUUAAACUGAUAUUUAAAGUUAAAUAUCAUGCAGUCUCUUAUUAAUAUAGUGAUUCUGAUUAACCCCGUUGAACAAUCAGUAUACAUUUUUCUGACAUCAUCUUAGUUUCCUCUAAUAUGAAUCACAAAUAACAUUGAAAAACAUGUACAGUCUCUCAUUGUGGAAUGUUAUUACCUAAUAACUAUGGAAUAAGCAAGUAAAAAAUUGCUUAUUUUUCACUUAAUGAAUAACCCCAGGAUAGGACAAAAAGCUAAAUUAAAGGAGCUAGAGAAAUAUCUGGCAAAAAAAGUGUCAAACAUCCAAGCUUGUCUGGAAAAUUGGAUUGGUCUAAUGAGACUAAGGUACAGUUUUGGAAGCAUAUUUUUUUUAAGGGAUAUCUUUAUCACAAAAAACAAGAUAACAUCUAAACCAUAGAAUGCUAUUCCCACAGUGAAACAUGGUGGUGGCAGCAUCAUUUUGUGGACUUAUAUAAAAGCUUCGAAUUUGAAUCGAUUUUGGCACAAAACCUGCAGACCACUGCAAAUCAGAUGAUGAUGAUGUUGAUGAUAAAUGUUCAGCUUUUAGUAUGACGAUGACUUAAAGCACAAAAUCCA